CCAUGUGGAGAAGUAUAUCGAGUGGAACAUGAUUUCGAUAGGCGACACCGCAGUUGCAGCUAGAACAUUUUACCCCAGUAAUAUUGGAGACGGCAUUUGGAAGUUCAUUAGUCUGGAGUUGUUGUCGUGGUCUUGUAAAUUUCUGAGUAACACGGGUUUCAUCCGGGAAAAUACAGGGGGGAAUAAAAAAAAAUUCAUGGAAGUAAAUGUGACAUUCUGGAGGCACAAGCUGACGCCGAAACGAGGAAACUUCAAAUUGGUCGACUACCUCGCAUUCUCAGUCCCUGAAGAUCAGAGGUGGAGACGAUGUCAUUACAAGAUGUUGAACAAUGUCACCAAGUUCGGGGAUAAACCAUCGAACCGAUAGCUUUUUAGUUGUAAGCAUUGAAAAUUUUCAACGGAUCGUCAAGAACAUUGACUAAAUUUAAUGAUAACUUCUGUUAAUUAAAUUCUUCGGUUCAGAAUUAAUUUAAUUUCACUCAUUUUAACUGGAUUUGAUAUAAGAGUUUACAUGAAACUUUUUUUUAUGGAAUUAUUGAACUUUUGUGGCACAUAACGGAAAUUAUUGAGGAAAUUUGAUAUUUCCCAGUGUUUUUUGAAUCAGAACUAAAAUCAUUUCCGAUGGAAAAUUCAAUUGUCAUUUUACAUAGAGUGACAGUAAUUUUUAAAAUAAUAACGGUUAAAUGGAACAGCUACUAAAAAUAUUAAUUGUAGCAAUCG